UCUUAUUAUUAUUAAUACGUGUUGGAAAGACAUUUUCACGCUCUCUUAUUUCCUUUCUUCCUCUGCUGUAAAACCCUAAUAACUCUUGCAAUCAAUCGAUUCCUCCGCACUUACUUUCCCUCUCUUGAAUUCCUCCACUCUACAUUCACAUGCAAGCUCAAAUCUUUACUCCCCACUCUCUCUAUUCUUUUGAAUAAUCAAUUUUUCCUCAAUUCCGAUUUUAUUCCCACAAGAUCGCCAAUUUUUCCCGUUUCUAUCAUUUUUCUUUUGUAUGAAUUGAUCUCCAUUUUUUGCUAUUUUAAUUGUGGUUUUGAGAGCGCAAGGCUGGCGAUUGGCGCUGUGUAUAGGUGAUGGCGGAUCCGCCACAAGUCCGCCGAGAGUUGGUGCUUGAAUAUUCAAUUCUAUUUGUUUUAGGGUUCCAAGUGACGUUGGAAGAAGAGAGUGAGGCAUUGAAUUCUUGUGGGCUUAGGGUAAAAUGCUGACUGUGCUGCGGGUGCACCUGCCGUCCGAUAUACCGAUUGUAGGAUGCGAGUUGACGCCGUAUGUGCUUUUGAAGCGCGCUGAUAAGUCUGUGAUAACCGAUGAUGUUACUGAGUUAAACCCCAUUGACGGGCAUUUCUUGAGAUAUAAAUGGUAUCGUGUACAAAGUGACAAAAAAGUUGCAGUUUGUAGUGUCCACCCAGCUGAGCAAGCUACAUUACAGUGCCUCGGAUGUGUUAAGGCAAAAAUACCUGUUGCUAAAAGUUACCAUUGUUCUCCAAAGUGUUUUUCUGAUGCAUGGCAACACCAUCGUGUUCUUCACGAGCGUGCGGCUAGUGCUGUAAAUGAAAAUGGAAGCGAGGAUGAAGAAAUUUUUGGGCGCUUCAAUAGUACUGGUAGUAAUGUGGGCCUGUCAACAUCUCACUCAAAUCCCAAUUUGUCAAAUGGUUCUACUGCUGUAUAUCCUGCUACAGUUACUCAGAGGAGUGGUGGUGAAACAUGGUUUGAAGUUGGAUGUUAUAAAACAUAUACACCGACAGCUGAUGAUAUUGGUCAUGUCCUUAAAUUUGAGUGUGUUGUGGUAGAUGCUGAAACAAAGUUAGCUGUGGGACCAGCAAAUACUUUACUAACUUCCCGUGUGAUUCCAGCUCCAUCACCCAGUCCUCGACGCUUGAUAAUUGUGGGUGGAAUUGAUAUGCCUGGGCAUCUAGAUUUGGAUGGUCGUAUUUCAUCUGCAGGGACAUUUACAGUGCUCUCGUACAACAUCCUCUCCGAUACAUAUGCUACAAGUGAACUUUACAGCUAUUGCCCAUCGUGGGCUCUUUCUUGGACUUACCGCAGGCAAAACCUACUGCGAGAAAUAGUUGGCUACCGUGCAGACAUUGUUUGUCUUCAAGAGGUGCAAAGUGAUCAUUUUGAGGAAUUCUUUGCACCGGAGCUAGAUAAACAUGGCUAUCAAGCUCUCUUUAAGAGGAAAACAGCAGAGGUCUUUGGUGGGAACAUCAACAGUAUUGAUGGUUGUGCAACUUUCUUCCGUCGUGAUCGAUUUUCUCAUGUCAAAAAAUAUGAGGUUGAAUUCAAUAAAGCUGCACAAUCUCUAACUGAUGCUUUGGUUCCUAGUGCUCAGAAAAAAAAUGCUUUGAAUCGGUUGGUCAAGGAUAAUGUUGCGCUGAUUGUAGUUCUAGAAGCCAAGUUCAAUAACCAGGGUAUUGAUAACCCUGGUAAGCGCCAGCUUGUUUGUGUGGCAAACACACAUGUAAAUGUGCAUCAAGAGUUGAAAGAUGUGAAGCUUUGGCAGGUCCAUACACUAUUGAAAGGACUGGAAAAGAUUGCUGCAAGUGCAGAUAUCCCAAUGUUGGUGUGCGGUGAUUUUAAUUCAGUUCCUGGAAGUGCUCCUCAUACCCUCCUCGCUAUGGGGAAAGUUGAUCCACUUCACCCGGACUUAGCGAUAGACCCACUUGGAAUUCUUCGCCCUGCUGCCAAACUAACGCAUCAACUACCACUGGUAAGUGCUUACUCAUCGUUUGCAAGAGUUGGGGUGGGCCUUGGACUAGAGCAGAGAAGGAGAAUGGAUCCUGCUACCAAUGAACCCAUAUUUACGAAUUGCACAAGAGAUUUUAUUGGUACUCAUGAUUACAUAUUCUAUUCAGCUGACUCCUUGACGGUCGAGUCUCUGUUGGAGCUCUUGGAUGAGGAUAGCUUGCGCAAAGAUACUGCCCUUCCUUCUCCAGAAUGGUCUUCGGAUCAUAUAGCACUCUUAGCUGAAUUCCGCUGCAAACCUAGGACUAGACGCUGACAAAAGGUCUGGUCCAAAGAAGAAUUUCAAAAAUAGUAGCUGGAACUGUUAUAGAGCACAGAGAAGUGGUUGUAAUUUCCCGUCUAUUUUCUAGGUACAUCCCAAUGUGGGAUCUUUAUAUGAGCUCCUUUGUAUCAUGCCAGCCAUGUCCAAUAGAAAAUUAUAAUGGCUACUUUAGUUUAUUCCCCACCUUGAAAGUGAAGUAUAGGUAGUUUAUAGCUAUGUGCAAUGUGAUCAUGUUGUAUUCCCUUCUAAUUGCUUUAAAGCAGAUUUUGGAAAAAAAAAUUGCCAAGCGUUUUUGAUC